GCGUGGAGCUGGGGGUUCGAAGCAACUAGGGCGCCAGCUCUUGGGUCCGACCGGCCUCUGAGGGCACUCGGGUGGGAGAGCUGGUUGAGCUCUGUAGCCCGGACUGGUCCAGCUGGAGGAAGUGUUCUGCCAGUCAUGCCAAAGAGGAAAGUGACUUUUCAAGGAGUAGGAGAUGAGGAUGAUGAAGAUGAACUCAGUAUUCCCAAAAAGAAGUUGGUGGACCCUGUGGCUGGAGCAGGGGGUCCUGGGAGCCGCUUCAAAGGCAAACACUCUUUAGACAGUGAUGAGGAGGAUGACGAUGACGAAGGCUCCAGCAAGUAUGAUAUCCUGGCCUCAGAGGAUGUGGAAGGUCAGGAAGCAGCUACUCUCCCUAGUGAGGGGGGUGUGAGGAUCACACCCUUCAACCUACAGGAAGAGAUGGAGGAAGGCCACUUUGAUGCUGACGGCAACUACUUCCUGAACCAGGACGCGCAGAUCCGAGACAGCUGGCUGGACAACAUUGACUGGAUGAAGAUCAAGGAGCGGCCACCUGAUAAGCACCAGGUUUCAGACUCAGAGGAGGAAGACGGCGUGGGGCAGACUCCAAUGAGUGCCCAAGCCCUCCUGGAGGGACUUUUAGAGCUGUUGUUGCCAAGAGAGACAGUGGCUGGGGCACUUAGGCGACUGGGGGCCCGAGGAGGUGGCAAAGGGGACAGUAAGGGGACUGGACGGCCCAAUUCCCCACAGCGCCUAGACCGGCUCUCUGGGUUGGCUGAUCAAAUGGUGGCUCGCGGCAAUCUUGGUGUGUACCAGGAAACAAGGGAACGGUUGGCCAUGCGACUGAAGGGGUUGGGGUGUCGGGCCCAGGGAUCCCAUGACCCCACGCCUCCACCCUCCCUGGACAUGUUUGCUGAGGAAGUGACAGAGGGGGAACUGGAAACCCCAACCCCUACCCUUAAAGGAGACGCAGAGGCCGUGGGCGAUGGUCUGAUGGACGUGAUGUGGGAAUAUAAGUGGGAGAACACGGGAGAUGCUGAGCUGUACGGACCGUUCACCAGUGCCCAGAUGCAGACCUGGGUGAGUGAGGGCUACUUCCCGGAUGGUGUUUAUUGCCGGAAGCUGGACCCUCCAGGUGGUCAGUUCUACAAUUCCAAACGCAUUGAUUUUGAUCUCUACACGUGAGCCUGCUAAAGGUCCAGUGUGGCAGCCCCUUCGUUCUUGGACUUGGCAGAGGAAGCGCCAGCUGCCCUGGGCAGUGAGGAUAUUGGAGGCUACUUUCCAGCCAGUUUUUCUUUCCCAAUAAAAGCCUUGAGUGUAUGCG